AUGCAAUGGCUCUCAGAUCUGGAAAUAUUUGCAACACUGGUCGCAGCCAUAAUACACGACUACCAGCACACGGGCACUACUAAUAAUUUCCAUGUCAUGUCCGGUUCCGAUAUAACACUAGUAUAUAAUGAUCGGUCAGUUCUGGAGAAUUAUCACAUCAGCGCCGCCUUCAAAGUGAUGCGAGAAAACGAUUCUAAUAUUCUCAUCAAUUUAAGUAAAGAAGAGUAUAGAGAAUUUCGGACUCUAGUUAUUGAUAUGGUUUUAGCGACUGACAUGUCCUCACAUUUUCAACAAAUAAAGACAUUGAAAACACUUUUAGGACACACGGAGUUUAAUAUCGAUAAAUCUAAAGGACUGGCAUAUAUAUUGCACAGCUCUGACAUAAGCCAUCCCAGCAAAUGCUUUAAUCUUCACUACAAAUGGACCAAACUUUUGAUGGAAGAGUUUUUCAGACAGGGAGAUAUGGAGAAAGAGCUCGGACUGCCUUAUUCACCAUUAUGUGAUCGCACCUCUACUCUAAUACCACAGUCUCAAAUAGGUUUUAUAGACUUCAUUGUCGGGCCAACAAUGGAAUUGUGUGGAGAUCUCAUCGAUCGAGUCAUUGCUCACAUAAACGGAUCUCAAGAAGUGGUCACUAAAAAUGAUUCAGACAUUCAUUUAGAAUUUAAAACGAGAACUAAAUCUUCGUCGGCGUCUCUUAGAAGCACUCAACGAAAUAACCUGUCAUUAGAUUCAGGAACUGAUUCAACAAAUUUUAGAUCGUCAUCGAGUGCUCCGUUAGCAUCAAGAAGUCCUGUAACUACAAUAAAAACAAACAAAAUGCAUAGACCUUGGAUUCAAUGUCUUGAAGACAACAAAAAUAAUUGGCAGGAAAGAGCAGCUGAAGGUAUCAUU